AUGGCUUUAUCGUCCAUUCAUUUUAAAACACAACCAACAAGACCCUAUUUAAGAGAUGAUUCCAUUAAUAUACCUUCAACUACCAAAAACACAAUCGCUAAUGGCUAUCCCAAUAUGAUGAUGCUAUCACAUACUAGAAAGCAAAAUGCUACAAGAAUGGCAAGAAAUCCAAUCUUAAUGAAAAGAGAAUUACAAUGCCAUCAUAGAGCUAUCUCAGAAUAUAGCAUCGAUCAAUUGAAUCAUUUGAUCCGUCUAGAAGAAUCUAAGGCAUUUCAGUCAAGUUUUGAACGUUUCAAUUCACAACCUCAAAUUAAUUUGAAAAUGAGAGCUUUGAUCUUCGAUUUCAUAAUGUACUGUCAUACUAGAUUGAAUCUUUCAUCAUCAACUUUGUUUUUAACUUUCAAUAUCUUGGACGUGUAUGCUUCCAAAUUUAUAGUGAAAAGUUGUAAUUAUCAAUUAUUGGCUUUAACUGCACUAUGGAUAAGUUCCAAAUAUUGGGAAGUGAAAAGUCAUGCAACAACCUUAAAGGUUUUACAAAGUCUUUGUUGUAAUCAAUAUUCUAUCCAACAAUUUAAAGAAAUGGAAUUACAUAUAUUGAAAUCAUUCAAUUGGUCCGUUUGUUCUGCUCCUACUUAUGAUUCAUUCAUUGAUAUGAUUUUAUUUCAAGAUAAAUCUAAUAUCGCUUUAAACGUCAAUGAAAUAAAAUUAGGUGCUUUAAUGUUAUGCGAACUGUGUUCCUUUGAUGAAAGCAUCUCUCUCAGUUAUGAUACUCAAUUAAUAGCUAACGUGGCUGUUAAAUUAAUAACUUUAGCAUUGAACUUUAAGAAUUUGAGUCAAUGGCAAAAUUUUAAUUUGUUAGUAGAUCAAGAUGAUAUUCUUGCUGGUAAUACUAACAAACAAAUUUUUAACGAUCUCUUAAACUUGGUCUGUGACGAAGAAAGAUAUCCUUCUAGUUUUAAAUUUAAAUAUACUAAAACUCAGAAUAAUACCGUUAGAAAUAACUCAAUAACUCAUUCCAUUGCCCCUAAGAUAUUCGAUUCCUUAAAAAAAUAUCAAGCGCAAAUUCAAUUGGAUGAAUUCUACAAAUGUUGUGAAUUAGAUCUCAACUUCAUGGAUGUUUUCGGUAGCGAUAAUUAUAAUGAAACUAAUGUCGACCUAAACACCAUUAAUGACUUGCAUUCACAAUACAGCAGGAAAACAAGUAUCGGUUCUGUUGUUUUAAAUAAUUCAUUCAAGAGACCAUCUUUACCUACCCCAUUUGCAUCGCCUGAUAAGGCUCCCAAUAUUUUUGCAUCUACAACGCCUGAUUCCCUUUUUUCUAAUUCUUCUUCAACUUCUUCUACAACUUCAUCAGUGAUGCCACUGGAGAAGCAAACACUAUCAUAUCCAAUACCAAUACCUGCCAUCUCAUCAAUGCUACCAUUAACUCCAACAACACCUUCAAUUUUAGUUCAAAAUAAAUUGAAAUUUACAAAUGAUAGUAGAAGGCCAUCUAUGUUCCCAAGGAAAAGUGUUGAUAGUGUCUCUUUCGUAAAGACACAUCAUAAAAGAUCCUCAUCAUCAAUGGACAUAGAUUUUACUGAAGAGGAAAGAGGAUUAAAGCGUGUAUAUAAUAAAUGA